GAGGGAUGGGCGGAGGGAAGUUUCUGUAAAUUGGUGGGAUUUUUAUUGUUUGAGGAACACUGUACCACUGAGCAGGAUAAUAAAAUGUUUUGCUAAUCAUAACAGCCUUGAGGCGAUAAACCAACAGUCUGUUUGUGCUGUGAAAUGUCUGUGGAUCCUCUGCUGAUGUGAUUUAGAGCCUGUUGGAGCUGGCUGGCACACAGUGCCCCAUCCCUGGCUGGGCUCUUUGGGAUGCUUGGCUGGAAUGAUUGGUGUGGCUCAGGGCUCUCACCUUGCAGGCUUUUUUCUGAGCCAGAAAGUGUUUGAAACUGACACACGCUGCCUUAAUCCUCAGGGCAGCAGGUUCUGCUGGUUUAUUUUUCUUGGUACUCAGCAGUGAGAAUAAAUUCCCCUUUGCCUCCUGAGCCUGUUGGGUGCUAAGAUGCAGCUGGAGCAGCCUCUGUGUGGUUUGGGUGCUGAGGUGGCUGCUUGAACACUCAUCCCUGAACUCUUUUGACUGUUAUUUUUCCCUGGGAUGAUGGUGGCGGUGCAAGUGUAAACCACAGGGUUGUCAGUGCUGUUUGGGGAUUUUCCAAGGGACACAGAACUCCAAAGUGCUCCAGACCCAGGUGUUUUUGUUGGGAUUGGUUGUGUUUUCACUGGAAUUGGCCUCUGUUCCAGUGGAUGCCCUGGGUUCAUGACCUGCAGUGCAGCUUCAAUUUUAGUCACCAAACCCGUCCUGCUGUCAGUGGUGCUGCUCUUGCCACGUGGUGGCUGACAGCAGCUUCUUUUCUGUUGUGUGUUUUUUUUGAGCACUGCAACCUAAUUUUCAUAUCUUCUUUCCAAGGCCAUGGCACACCUGCAGCAGAGGUGUUUUGAUGGCCACGGGUUCAGCAUGAAGCUCAACUAGAAGCACAAUGACCGUACGGGGAAAAGAGGCUGCAGCCUUCCUGCUGGAUGUCCUGCCGAGCCGUGGAAAACCCCGAGAAGUCUCGGUGCCAGAUGAAGUUUCACGGAUUUCUCUGUCAGAUGCCCGUGGGGUUGGACACUCGCUAGCGGAGAGCUGAAGCCCCCAGCCUGUGCCCAGGAGAGCAGGAUGCGGGUCACCACGCGCAGGGUGCUGCUGCUGGUGGGUUCGGUGGCGGCCCUGAUGGUGACCCUGCACCUCGGGCAGCAGGUCCUGGAGUGCCAGCAGGUCCUGAGCGAGAGGAGGCACAGGCUGAUGAGGCCGGAGAACGAGGAGCUGGUGAUGGUAGACGCCAACCACGUGGAGUACCGGUACAGCAAGGACAUGCCCCUGAUCUUCAUCGGCGGUGUCCCCCGCAGCGGCACCACGCUGAUGAGGGCCAUGCUGGAUGCCCACCCCGAGGUGCGCUGCGGGGAGGAGACCCGCAUCAUCCCCCGCGUGCUGGCCAUGCGCCAGGCCUGGUCCAAGUCGGGCCGCGAGAAGAUGCGGCUGGACGAGGCGGGGGUGACGGACCAGGUGCUGGACGCGGCCAUGCAGGCCUUCAUCCUGGAAGUGAUCGCCAAGCACGGCGAGCCCGCCAGGUACCUGUGCAACAAGGACCCCUUCACGCUCAAGUCCUCCGUGUACCUGUCCCGGCUGUUCCCCAACUCCAAGUUCCUGCUGAUGGUGCGGGAUGGGCGCGCCUCGGUGCACUCCAUGAUCACACGCAAGGUGACGAUCGCUGGCUUCGACCUGAACAGCUACCGGGACUGCCUGACCAAGUGGAACAAGGCCAUCGAGGUGAUGUAUUCCCAGUGCCUGGAGAUCGGCCGCGCCCGCUGCCUGCCCGUCUACUACGAGCAGUUGGUGCUGCACCCUGAGCAGUCCAUGCACAACAUCAUGAGGUUCCUGGACAUCUCCUGGAGCGACACGGUGCUGCACCACGAGGAGCUCAUCGGGAAGCCCGGCGGGGUGUCCCUUUCCAAGAUAGAGAGGUCAACAGACCAGGUGAUCAAGCCGGUGAACAUGGAGGCUUUAUCCAAAUGGAUCGGGCACAUCCCGGGGGAUGUGCUGCAGGACAUGGCCCACAUUGCCCCCAUGCUGGCCAGGCUCGGCUACGACCCCUACGCCAACCCCCCCAACUACGGCCACCCCGACCCCCUGGUUGUCAACAACACGCACAGAGUUUUAAAGGGGGAUUAUAAAACACCGGCCAAUCUCAAAGGUCACCUGCAGGUGACUCAGAACACGUCAUCUUCUCACUAAGAAAAUUAAUGAUUUCCAGAACGCUGCCAAUGGCCUGUUGUUGCCCGAGAAGGACGAGUGUGCAGUGGGCCCGUGGAAAUCUGUUCUCCAAGCAUAUUGCUUGCUCCUACUGUUGCCAAAUGACUGCGCUCCAGGAAUGUAUUUGCAUUUAUUUGCAAAGGCCAAACGUGCUCCACGGCGGGAACGUCCCCGGCCCGUCCCAGCGCUCUGUGGGGAAAGCAGCUGUGGAAACCCGGGCGCGGGGGGCACGGGAGGAGAUUACCUGUGCCCUGGCUGGAGGACUCCGUACAUCGCGUUUGUGUCUCGUGAUCCUGUUCACCGUUCCCGGUGUGGGGAACAGCCCUCCCAUCCCCGCUGGUCCGUAUUCCUGGGAUCGGGAAAAGCCACCCCGGUCCUACUAUUCCCAGCUCCCAGGGUCAGGAACAGCCCCCUGGCCCUGCAGAGCCUUUGUGGUGCGUGUGCCCUCCCCCCAACCCCGUCCCCGACCCUGCAGAGGCUAUUGCAGAGUUAAUAUAUGCCCUCCCCCCCUCCCCCCAUCAACGGUGUCGGACACCAUUAAAGUGUUGAUUUGAUAUUUAA